AUGGAGCCACUGCUUCCCUUUGUACUCUACCUGGCUCCCAUCCUUCUCAUAUUACUAGAGCAGCCUCGUUUGUUCAUGAGCGCUGCUGCCCAAACCAACAAGCUCACUGUUGGAUCCAGCAUAACACCCAUUGGUCCCACUCGAUACUUGACCAGCUCCUCAGGCAUCUUUGCAUUUGGCUUCUGCAACGUUGAUCCUAGUCUCCAUCCAACCCAGCUCCUCCUCGCCAUAUGGUUCGAUUUCGGUGCAUCUGAUUGCACGAACAAGACGGUGGUGUGGUUCGCGAGAGAUCCGGCCUCGAACCAAGCGGUGAUUGCCACGAAGCAAUCUGUUCUUAGCCUUGAUCACAGCAACCGGCUAUCCCUCGUUGAGGGCCAGACGACGCUAUGGAGUCCUGGCCAACAUCUCGGAUCCACUCUCGUGCUGCUUGACUCCGGAAGCCUCCAGCUCCUUGCUGUCGGAGUUGGAGGCGGUGGUGUAUCGUGGCAAAGCUUUGAUUAUCCAACCCACACUCUCCUCCCAGGCCAAAACAUGACCAAUACCUCCAGAACAUAUCUUCUGUCGAAGAACACAGACACAGACUUCUCCCCUGGGCGUUUCACUCUGAUAGUUCAAGAUGAUGACAAUAUCGUCUUGUACAUGAGGGACCCAGACCACACCAGUUCCCCUGCCGGUAAUACAGGUGAUCCCUACUGGGAUUCCGGGACCUGGCAUAGUGGCAAGGUUCCAACUAUUGUCUUCGACAACUCCGGGAACCUCUUCUACAAUGACAGCAUGAACGGUUACAAGAAUCUGACAACCAAGCGGCCGUCCAACUCCGCCGAGAGUUACUACCAUUACGCCGCACUGGAUCCAGACGGCACCAUCCGUGUCUAUGCCCACCAGAAGAACAACACGGAUAGCACCGCGUGGGAUGUUGUCAGUGUGUUCCCAGGUGAUGGUUGUAGCAGGAAGACCAAAUACGGUAUACAAGCCAUGUGUGGCCCAAAUGCGUACUGCAAGGUAUCCUCCUUGAAAGAGCAGCGCCUAAACUGUGAGUGCCCAGAUGGCUAUGUGUUCGUGGAUGAACAACAUAAAUACAGAGGCUGCUGGCCAAACUUUGUUCCCCACAGCUGCGAUGGGAAAGACCACUCCGGGGAAUUCACGACAGUGAAGAUGGAUAACACUGCCUGGAGUAAUCAAUCAGCAUACAAUAAGUAUCCCACAACUGCAUUACAGCAAUGCAAUACCUCCUGCUUGAACAACUGCUUCUGCGUAGCCGUAUUGAUCGACGGAAGUAGUUGCAUGGAGGUGGAGAAGCUCACAGACGGGAAGCAGGGAAGCGGCACCGAAAUGACAGCACUGAUCAAAGUAGCAGCAAUCAGCUCUUCUGUUGCGGUCCAAGGUCCAACGUCACCGAGAAGCAUAUGGCUUUACAUAAUCAUUGGUAUUUUGGCAAUUUCAUUUGUGGCCUCUAUCACCUAUUCCCUUUGGCAAUGCUACGCCAGUAAGAAGGCCGCAAGGAGGAGGUUAUCAGUGGGACUCAGAACUUUCACUCACAAGGAGCUUUACCGAGCAACCAAUGGCUUUAAAGAGCUGCUGGGCAAAGGCGGCUUUGGCGAAGUAUGGAAAGGGGAAGUGAGUUCUCUACAUCCACCUCAUGUCGCAGUGAAGAAACUCAUCAAAUUGAACGAGCACAAUGAAAGGGAUUUCGAAAAUGAGGUACAAUCUCUCGGUCGGAUCCACCACAAGAACCUGGUCCGUAUGAUUGGAUACUGCAAAGAAGGGGUGCACCGGAUGCUGGUGUUUGAGUACAUGCAAGGAGGCACCCUUGCCGAUUUCAUCUUCCGAUUGGAUAGGCCAUGCUGGAGCUGCCUCGCUGAGGCUGCAAUAGGCAUUGCCAAAGGGCUGGAGUACCUACACGAAGGGUGCAAAUCCCAAAUUAUCCACUGCGACAUCAAGCCCGAGAACAUAUUAUUCGAUGACAAGCAUACUCCAAGGAUAACAGAUUUUGGGAUCGCAAAGCUCCUUGGAGACCAAAAGACGCAGCACACGGUCACCACGAUUGCAGGUACGAGGCCAUAUGUCGCACCCGAAUGGUUCGAUGGUGGGGGUAAGGUGGACAACAAGGUGGACGUGUACAGCUUCGGUGUCGUUCUACUGGAGAUGAUAUGCUGCAAGAGGGCUGCAGGACAGCAGCUGGAUAACGUCCAGGGUCACGGCACAGUACCUGCCCUGAGAGCCUGGGCAGAGCGCUUGAUCAGGAGUGGGAGGGCCGAGCUGUUGAUGCAAGGAGAGAGCGAGGCGCUGGUGGACAUGGAGAGCGUGGAGAGGUUCGCGCGCGUGGCGAUCUGGUGCCUACAAAAGGACCCAUCAACCAGGCCGACGAUGCGCAAGGUGGUGCAGAUGCUAGAAGGCGCCGUGGAAAUCAACCCUCUCCCUGACCCUCCAAGGCCUCCGAGCUUCUCUGCAAUACUCCCUACCGGCAGUGAGACCAAUCACUCCAGCAGCACGGCUAAUGCCCUCCAGAUCGAAUGA